AAACAGCAGCCAGAAUCUCCUUCACUUCAUACUCAGACGUCUGAAAGAAAAACAAGAAAUCGAAAACAAAACUAAUCGGUUUCGUGUUGGAUUUAAAAAAAAAAAAGGAAAAAAUACAAGGGGUGGUCACGAUUGGAAUGUUUUUGAUGAAAAGUACGAAGGAUCAGAGCUAUGCUGUGGCCAUGCUGGGGCACCACCAAUAUUAUCAUCUUUCCAGUGGUCAUUCUUAUGUGAUUGCCUUUUGGGGAAAGUGGGAAUUCGAUAUUGCUGUCCUUUUUACACACACACACACACACACACACAAAUCUCUGUCAAUUCACCAGAAGCAAUAAAUUGCAGGACUCAAUACACACAUUGAGUGUUCUUUAUUACAUUUCAAGUGAAGGGCUCCGAAUCCCAGGACCCAGAGCUGCUCCUUUCGGAUCAUCCGCUUGUAAACUGAACCCAGUGUCCUUUUUGGAUAUUCUCUGUCAGAAUAUUUUUCUGAAACAUGAAAUGAAAGUUUGACGGAAACACUUAUCUUAAUUAUUCUUUCAUUUCAAAAAAACCUUUUUGAAUGACAUACAUCACCAAGGGGCGCUUACAUCGUUAAGAAUUAAGGAGAGGAGGAUAUAUACCAAGGAUGAGUAGAUACCACAGAGUUUGUACAAUAACGACCCCUAAUUAAGGAGAUCUUACUAACUUCAGUCCCUUUUCCAUAAAUCAAUUUUUGAAGAACUUUAUAUUACACGACCCCGAUCCAUUGUCGUUGUGUUCACUGUUGACAUUCUUGCAGUAGUGAAACAUGUCAAAGACAGGGGCAGAGCCCAACAGUGCUGGCCUUGUCCUCGCCACACAUGAAACCAAGGACAACAACUCCAACAACAACAAGAAUACCAUUGCAAUGUCUGUUGUGAACACCAGUAACAACAGCAACAAGGAGUUUGAGCAGAAACAGUUGCCGGCCGAAACGAGCGAAUGUGGUGAGGCUGUAGCAGCGACAGGAAGAGGCGAGCGGGGAGGAGUAGGAGUAGAAGAAAGAGUUGGAGGAGGAGGAGGUUGUGGCAGCAGCCGUGGUUUCCCCAGCAAGCUGGAAACUCGUCUGCACAUCACAGACUUGGAGUUACUCCAAGAUAUAUUUAUGAUCGAACAAGAAGGUACCUACACCUGUAUCAGUCUGACCAAAGAGCAAUUCUGCGAUUCAUUGACGUCUCUGCUGAACAAAGGCACCCGACAAGAGUAUGCAGAACUGUUUGAUAAGAUCGAUGUGACUUGUGAGGGUUUUGUCAACUGGGACAAACUGGGGUCCCACAUGCUCCAUGAGUUUUACGAGCGAGAGGACAGGGUGAAGGCCUCCCAGAUUCCACAAUGGAAAGAUCUGAAGAUUCUUCCCAGUCCUCACAAAGAGACAAUCCAGAGGGUGACCUACCUGAAGAAUUCUCACAAGUAUUUGGUCAUCAGUAAGGAAGGAAUAGCCUCCAUUUGGAACAGUAACCUCCAACAGCAGAGAUGUGAGAAGCUGACCACAGAGUCCUGCAGGUCAAAAGACCUGUGGGUCACACACCUCACGCCAAUGUUGAACACCAAUAAAAUGGCUGUGGCCUAUACCAGCAAGGAGAUUGCUAUCUAUGACCUGAGUAACAAAAUUGAAUUCAACAGACUCUAUAAAAUCAAGGAGUUGAAAUAUACUCCUCUUUGCCUCGACUACUGGUCGAGCAAUGACAGUUCUAAUGAGGCGUACCUGAUGUGGGGUGAUGUCGGUGGUUUUGUCAACAUCUUACACUUUAAUUCCAUAAACAUCGCCCUCUUCCAGCGACCGUCAGCACAUUCGGAGAGCGAGAUCUGUCUGACGGUGCCACUGAGCAAUGUGACCAAAGGCAUCUACAGGAAUGUCACCUACACCAAGUACCAAGCCCACACAGACUGGGUGAAACAAGUUGGGUAUCUUCAGUUCUUGGACUGUUUCAUAUCCUGUUCCUCGUCUUCGAAGGAUGCUUUGGUUCUGGGAUGGAUGGAGAAACACGUUGUCACUUCAGAAAUUCUAAGUAAAUCAGAGAAGAGACAAGAAGCAAGAAAGAUACAAAAAAUGGUCAACUUCCAAAUUCCUCAAGGCAUCAACACCUUCCACUACAGCCCACAGUUCAACCUGAUCGCUACAGCUGGGGUCAACCACAAGAUCUGUCUCUGGAACCCUUACGUGAAGUCAAAACCCAACGGGAUCCUUCAAGGUCACAUGUCCAGUGUUGUGGUUGUCCACAUUUGGUCUAGCAGGAGUCUACUCUUCAGUUUUUCCAAAGACAAGGCACUGAGAAUCUGGGACAUUCAAUUGCAAGUCUGCAUGCAGCGUUUAGUUGGAAUGUUCCCCAAGGUCGGUGACGUUUUCAUCAGUUUGUUCCUGGACGAAGUGACUGACCACAAAGAGGCCAGCAACAACAACAACAGCAGCAACAGUACUAAUAACAAUACCAGUAGUAGUAGUAGUAGUAGCAGCAGUAGUAGUAGUCCCAGUAAAAGCAGUAGCAAUAGGGAAUCCAACCGUCUGUUUCUCACCUUUGGUCCCAUCUUCACUGUGAUUGAAAUGAAAAAUGAAUGUCGCAACAGAGUGGUGAGUCAUGAAACUGUAGUCGUGGCUGUAGUAUACAGUCCAUCUUACAAUCAGGUGGUCAGUCUUUCACAAGAUGGCACUCUGACAUUCUGGAUGCUGGACAGUGGUCAAAAAGUUAAGCAUCUCUCUAAUAUACAUGAGAAGGCUGAGAUGCUGUCCUUGGCUCUAGAUCCCAACACCAACAAGUUGUACACGAGUUCAACCGAUGGUUGUGUCAAGGUNNNNGACUUCAAUGGACAUUGUUGCCAUAAGCUGAUAUGUGCUGGAGGUCAAGAGGCUGAAAUUGGUCAAGUCAGUGUGUUGAAGGGCAGCGUUACUGCUGUUGGAUGGAAAAGAUCUAUCACUGUUUUCCGUGAUGUAGAAAUGAAGGACUUCCUUGUGAACCCUUCAGAGUGGAAAGGACUUGAGAGUCAUGAAGAUGACAUACUUUGCAUGGCGUUUUCCCCACCAAACACACUUGUGACAGGGGCAUACAAUGGGGAGAUUAUCAUGUGGAACACUAAAUCGGAACUGGCCACGGGUUACAUGAGACAAAGAUGUCGUCCACAGCUGUCACAGUCAUUCAGAAGUGCAACUUCUGGGACAGUCAGAUCUUCUGCUGGGGCUCAGAAUUCUGGGAGAAAGACUGGUUCCUCCCGAAACAGGUCACGAAUAUCAUCGUGCCGUAGCGAAGACUAUUAUGAUGAGCAAGUGAGUUGUGAGGUUUCAACGUUUCUUUUUGUGUUUGUUUUUAUUUUGUCAUGUGCUGCAGCUGGCAGUAUAACGAUGACAGUGGGAUCCAUGGAUAAAUACCUGAUAACUGGAGACAUCCAAGGUUGGAUCAAGGUCUGGGAUAUAUCGGAUUAUGCCACGGAUCUUUCUCCAUCGACACUGGAUAUUCCCCCUCCAUUAUUGACCACGUUCCAGCCUCACACCGACAUGGUCAACAGCCUGCGUCUCUGUGAACGUAACCAGUGUCCAUUUAUCGUCUCUGCCUCCUCCGAUUCUACAGUGGUCAUCUCACACCUUAACGGACAACAGAUCGGUGUCUUUGGCCAGGAGGGACAUUGGAAACUUGAUCCCUGCCUCAGGAUUGAACCAGAGACCAAGAUGUCUUCAUUUACUCAAGACAAAGAGGAAGAUGAUGAUGACGAAGGCGAAGAGGAUGAAGAAGAAGAAGAAGAAGAAAAAGAUGGGAAAGAAGAGAUUGCUAUGAGUAAUUUGGAAGAGGAGGAAGACGAAGAGGAAGCCAUCACAAAAGCAGAUAUGUUUCGAUGGAAUACUUGGGAGAAGACCAUCCUUGGUAAAUUGUGGAAUAUUGGUGUUGGUUCUCUAAAUUCUAUUCUUGGAUUCUUUGGCAGAAGUAUUUACUGGUCAGACAAUGACCUUUGGGAAGUUUUUUUAGAUGUUUGCAUGGACCAAAUCCACUCACAAGGUUUUGUACACACACACACACACAGACAGACAGACAGACAGACAGACAGACACACACAGUCACAAACACAUACAGACACAGAGACACAAACACAGACACACACACGGAGACACAAACACAUGCACACACACAGACACAUAGUUGCACACACACAUAGACACACACGUACAUAGUUCUUGGGGACAAUCAGUGUGACACAGACUGUGACAAGGCUCAUUUUUGCCAGUUGAGUGUGUGUG